AUGGACGAGACAAAGCCGGCAAACAAGACACAGGUGGCGUCGACUGCCGACUUAGAUGCACCAGAAGCACCCCCACGACGUUCAAAGCCGGGCGAGAGAGCCGGACUGACCGUUACUCAGUUCUGGAUCGUCUGCGUUGGACUGAACGCUGGAAUGCUGCUCACCGCGCUCGACUUCAAUAUCGUCGCCACCGCUGUGCCCAUCAUCUCGUCCGAGUUCAAUAACUACUCCAACUCUGCGUGGCUAGGCACCGCGUUCCUCAUCACCUUUGCCCUCGGCCAGCCUAUUGCCGCUAAACUCGGUGAUGUUUUUGGCCGCAAGAACAUCUUCUUAGGCGGCACUGUCCUGUUCUUUGUGGGGAGCGCGCUGUGUGGCUGGGCCCAUAACAUGGAUAUGCUCAUCUGGUCCAGAGCGGUGCAAGGCCUCGGGGCUGGAGUUAUCUAUGUCUUAACUAAUGUAGUCAUCAUCACCGAUCUCGUCGAUCUCCAAGAUGUGGGCAAAUUCCUUGCUAUCACGGGCAUCGUCUGGGCCCUCGCCGACGUCGCUGGUCCACUGCUUGGUGGUGUAUUUUCUCAGUACGCAACGUGGCGAUGGUGCUUCUGGAUCAAUCUGUUCAUCUGCCCGGUCAGCUUCGCUAUCGUCCUGUUCACCCUCCAUCUUCCAGUCCCCAAUAUGAGUCUCAAGGAGAAGCUCCUCACAUUCGACUAUGUCGGCACUAUUGCUAUCUCCGGUGCUACCACCGCGCUGAAUAUGGGCUUGUCCUGGGGAGGACACGUAUUUCCCUGGACCGAUAGCAGGGUGAUUGGAACCAUUGUCGGCGGUGCUGCCCUCUUCGUCACUUUCAUCGUAGUCGAGCAUUUUGUGAAGGUCCCGCUUGUCUUCCCGUCCAUGUUCAGAAGCCGUGCGUUGCUUAGCAUAUUCGGCGCCGAAUUCUUCUACGGGAUUGUUCUACUCGGUGGUAUGUAUUAUCUUCCGCAAUACUUCCAACUCGUCUUUGGGGAUUCCGCCACGCUUUCUGGCAUUGGCCUCCUGCCGAUGAUGCUUGGUCUUCUGGUGGGAAAUCCCAUCGCUGCAUUUGUUACUAGUAAGAAGGGCGUCAGUCUCAUUAACGCUAUCGCGGGCGCUGCGCUGGAGGUUAUGGCCAUGGGCCUUAUGACCCGCUGGAACGCAUCCACCACACGGGCCGAAGCCGUCAUCGUACCAUUCAUCCUAGGCGUCGGUCAAGGUGCCGCUAUGAGCGGCAUGUUGCUGACGGCACAGGUCGCCGUGGUGCCCAUGCAGAUCGGUGUUGUCACCGGCCUGUGUCUCUUCAUCCAGGCCAUUGGCGAUGCCUUCGGCAUUGCUCUCUUCUCCGCAGUCUACGUCAACGAGCUGGCCGAUGGGCUCGCCAACCUAGGUCUCACGCCAGCCGAGGUUUCGGGCGUGAUGGCCGAUAUCCACACCGUUCACACCAGGUUCAGUGCCGACCUUAUCCCGCGAAUCGUAGACAUCUACGCGCACAGUCUGCAGAAUGGCUGGUGGCUGCUAUUUGGGGCGGCUUGUGCAUGCUUUAUCUGCUGUUGCGUGGGCAAACAGCACAAGUUUAUGGCACCGGAGGCCAAGCCAGAGGCCGAGGAGAAGGCACCUAGUGAGGUCUGA